AAGUUGUCAUAUGUUGAACGAUUUUUUUAUUUUUUUAUAUAUAUAUAUAUAUUGAACGAUUGGAAUCAGGAAGUGGGCUUGUAAUGCACUAUUUUGAGCCCGUUUCUGUUUAACUUCAAAAUGGGACUUUUUGGAAAGACACAAGAGAAACCACCAAAGGACCUGAUCAAUGAAUGGUCUCUUAAAAUCAGGAAAGAAAUGAGAGUUAUUGACAGGCAAAUCCGAGAUAUUCAAAGAGAAGAAGAGAAGGUGAAGAGAUCCAUCAAAGAUGCCGCUAAGAAGGGACAGAAAGAUGUCUGUAUCAUCCUCGCCAAAGAAAUGAUUCAGUCAAAGAAAGCUAUCAACAAGCUGUACGCCUCAAAAGCCCAAAUGAACUCUGUGCUUCUCAGUAUGAAAAAUCAAUUGUCUGUAUUAAGGGUGGUUGGGGCCAUGCAGAAAAGCACAGAGGUCAUGAAAGCCAUGCAAAGCCUGGUUAAAAUCCCAGAGAUUCAAGCCACCAUGAGAGAACUCUCAAAAGAGAUGAUGAAGGCCGGCAUCAUAGAGGAGAUGCUGGAGGAUACAAUGGAGGGUAUGGAUGAUGAGGAGGAGAUGGAGGAAGCAGCAGAGGCAGAGGUGGACAAGAUCCUCUUUGAAAUCACAGCAGGUGCUCUUGGAAAAGCUCCCAGCAAAGUCACAGAUGCCCUGCCUGAAAUGGGGCCACCUGGGGCCACAGCAGCCUCUGAAGAUGAAGAAGAAGAAGAAGAUAUUGAGGAGAUGCAGUCCAGACUAGCAGCACUGAGAAGCUAAACGACCUAUAUUUUUCACCCUUAAGUGCUACAGGCAUAGACAACAGCCCCAUUUCUUAUUUUUUUCUGUUGUUUAUUUGUACAAAUUGUACCUAUAAGGACCUUUGGCACAUUCAUUUAAGGGUUCAUUUCAAACUGCACAAAAAACAAAUUAAUUUCUAUUGAGGAGGAUAUAGAAUAGAAAAAAAAUACUCUUUAUUAUACAGAAUGAAUGAAAACAACAUAUGUUAUGAAGUGAGCAGUAAUGUUCAAUACUCAAAUGUGGUAGCAGCUGGAUGCAUAUUUCAGCUCAUUGACUUUUUACAGCCAUUUUCUUUAUAGAUAUUUAAACUCUUCUCAUUUUAAAUCUACGCCUAUAGCUGAGCAGCUUGUCUAAGGAUCUGUUGUGCAGUGGUGUCAUAUUGGUGUUGGUCCUAGUCAUUUUGCCUCUGUUGUCAUAUUUGCUGUUUUUUUUUCCUCAAGCCUUACUAAGGCUAAGUGAAUAGUUCUUUCCUAUAUCUGGUAAAUUGGUUUUACUGAGUAGGACAAAUUCAUGGAAGCCAUUACUUGUAAAUCUUGUACAAAUACGGAAUAUAAAAAUAUUGAUAACGGUUUGCAUUGUUGUUUUGUAAGUAAACACUCUGUUAUAGAUGCAGUGGGGACAGUUCAUAUGGACAUUCUGAAUAAAGGAAUGAUUGUGCAUGGGAACUGGCUAGCUUUUAUAGCUGGCCCCUACACUAGGUGUAUCAAACCAGAAUGAACUGAUCCCAUUCUGUUUUGUUUUCUGUUAUGUUUCUGCAAAAUUUGGAUUUCUGCCUGUUAUAAGUUCAAAUCCGGUGAUGUCUUUGUAUUUUUAUGCUUUUGCUAUUUAGGUGAAAGAAAUGCUCAUUUUACAUUACUGAUGUUUUCCUCGGUGCUCUCUGAUGAUGUAAAUCACUGUCAAUUCAACUUGGCAUGAAACGAACACAUCAUUUGUUUAACACUAUAAUAGUUACAAGCUUCUAAGGUGUUAUUACACAUCCGGCUUUGUGGCUUUCUUCAGCCAGUCCCAUGCGAUUUAAGUUUAUUGACUAAAUGGUGUGCUUGCUAUAAUUCUGACAUGUCUAAAUAAGAAACAAUUGCCCUCAAACAGAGAGGGGAAAAUAAGUGCAUUGUUACAUGAUAAUUAGUUUUUAUUAUGGCAUGUCAAAAUCAGUAUCUGUGUAUUUUAUGUACAUUAUGGGCUCUGGAGUUUACAAGUACACAGAUUUUGUACAGAUCCAGACUCAAUAUGUUGUGUCUAAUUAUUUAUAAUCUCUUGAAUGAAUCAAACUGAUGGAUAAUUUUGCUUCAUUUUAGACAUUUGCUGUUAACACCUGCACAAACAUUUAUUUUGUACAUGGUAAAAAAUGUUAACUAAUGCAUUUUUACAAACAAAAAAGGGGUAUUUAUGUACAUUCAGAGAGCCAAUGAUCUCGUGCAAAAUUAUUUGCUUUAAAGGGAGUUCUAAAGACCUCAGAAGUCACAGAAAAAUAAACAGCACAGAGUAUACACUCAUGAGGUAAAAGGGGGGUUGGCAUCUUGUCUAUUGGGAUUCUCAAGGGUUUUUUCCCUUAUCUCAAUUUGUCUCCCUUUCACCCCCUUCCUCUCAACUCAUCCACAGCUUUUAUGAGGGAACCAGAUAAAAGUGU